AUACCAGCGUUUCUGAGGAAGUUCAAACCAUCACCUCACAACGGAUUCCUAACGGUCUUAGCGUGAGAGCUGUUUUACGAAGUUUUAACGAAGUUUUUACGCAGUAAAAGAAGUUGUAGUUCACUCCUUCCACAUCAGUAUGCGUGAGUGUAUCUCCAUCCACGUGGGCCAGGCUGGUGUCCAGAUUGGAAAUGCCUGCUGGGAGCUGUACUGUCUUGAGCAUGGCAUUCAGCCGGAUGGUCAGAUGCCCAGUGACAAGACCAUCGGCGGAGGGGACGACUCCUUCAACACCUUUUUCAGCGAAACAGGAGCUGGCAAGCACGUCCCCAGAGCAGUGUUUGUGGACCUAGAGCCCACUGUGAUUGACGAGGUCCGUACCGGCACUUACCGCCAGCUGUUCCACCCUGAGCAGCUCAUCACUGGAAAGGAAGAUGCUGCCAACAACUACGCUCGUGGGCAUUACACCAUCGGCAAGGAAAUCAUCGACCUGGUUCUCGACAGGAUCCGCAAACUGUCUGACCAGUGCACUGGUCUCCAGGGCUUCCUGGUGUUCCACAGCUUUGGAGGUGGUACUGGUUCUGGGUUCACCUCCUUGCUGAUGGAGCGCCUCUCUGUCGACUAUGGCAAGAAGUCCAAGCUGGAGUUCUCCAUCUACCCAGCUCCACAGGUGUCCACCGCUGUGGUGGAGCCCUACAACGCUAUCCUGACCACCCACACUACCCUCGAGCACUCCGACUGCGCUUUCAUGGUGGACAACGAGGCCAUCUACGACAUCUGCCGUAGGAACCUCGAUAUCGAGCGUCCUACCUACACCAACCUCAACAGGCUGAUCAGCCAGAUUGUGUCUUCCAUCACCGCCUCCCUCCGAUUCGAUGGUGCCCUCAAUGUUGAUCUGACCGAGUUCCAGACCAACUUGGUGCCCUACCCUCGUAUCCACUUCCCACUGGCCACCUACGCCCCGGUUAUCUCUGCUGAAAAAGCUUACCACGAGCAGCUUACUGUUGCAGAGAUCACCAAUGCUUGCUUUGAGCCUGCAAAUCAGAUGGUGAAAUGUGAUCCACGUCACGGCAAGUACAUGGCCUGCUGCCUGCUGUACCGUGGUGACGUCGUACCCAAAGACGUCAACGCCGCCAUUGCCACCAUCAAGACCAAGCGUUCCAUCCAAUUCGUGGACUGGUGCCCAACUGGUUUCAAGGUUGGUAUCAACUACCAGCCCCCCACUGUGGUGCCCGGCGGUGACCUGGCCAAAGUCCAAAGAGCCGUGUGCAUGCUAAGCAACACCACAGCUAUCGCAGAGGCCUGGGCCAGGCUCGACCACAAGUUCGACCUGAUGUACGCCAAGCGUGCCUUCGUGCACUGGUACGUAGGAGAGGGUAUGGAGGAGGGAGAGUUCUCUGAGGCCAGAGAGGAUAUGGCGGCUCUGGAGAAGGAUUAUGAGGAGGUUGGUGCCGACAGCCUGGAGGGAGAAGAUGAAGGAGAAGAAUAUUAAAUGUGAAUUAAAGAGGACAUGAAACAUUUCAGUUUGUACAAGUUUUCUAAGGGAUUAAAUAUAAUGGGAUUUAUUUGGGGGGGAUUUUUUUAUAUAAAAUGUUUAGAGACUAAAUUAUAAUAUAUUUAUGUUUGUUACGUUUGCGCUAGGGUGCCGCCAUGUUGCCCAUGCAGCACUGGUGACGUCACGAGGUUGGUUGGUGAAGAGCCCAGGUACAUAACUAGCGUAAAAGAGCUUAUUGUUUGUGGAGAUUAUGGAUGAAGACGAAGCUGAACUAGGCUAACGUGGAGCAUUUGCUCAGAGAUCUUUCCUGUAUAAAGCUGAGCAGAACUUUUUAGAUGCUUUUCUGAGAGCGAGACGUUUUUUGGAGGUGUCUAUUCUCUCUCUACGUGGAGCCGUGCAGAAACCCUGCAGCCCGUCAACAGCAGGUACUGCCAUCCCGUUAACUAGCUUGUUUAUAUAACUUACAUUUAACAUGUAAAGUCCAUUAAGACUGAAUGAAACAUAUUGAUAUUGAAACACCAAGGCACUGUUUGGUUGAUAAACCGUUCAGUUUGGAAGUUAGAAGGCUUACUGGGUACUUAGCUUCAUCUAGUUAGUGUUAGUUAGUUAGCUAGCGUUGGCUAGCUAUGGUAAGAUAGCUAGAUAAGUAGCUAGCUAUAUUAUCUUUUAAUUGUCAGCUUAUCUAGACUUUCGGUAAGUUACCUCUCGGUGCUCUGCUGGGUGGGCGCUUUGUUUGGCUCGUUCCGUGCGGCUCACAGCUGCUGCUGUUACAGUACCUCCAGUUGGACGGUCUGUACAUCCCAGUUGUUCAGAGAAAGAAUAAAUACGAAGGAAAAAAGCCUCAGACUGCAGCUUAUUUGUCCGGCACUAAUGCUCCCGACUCAAAACCCUCUCCUCCACAUAGUCCUGGUCUAGAAAGUGCUCGCACCUAACCCCUAGCAUUGCAGCUAACCGGAGGAUUCUCACGCUUCAGCGCCGCGAGCCACCGCCGAAGAACAGCUGUCCGAGGUGAGGUAUGAAAGUGAAAGUGAACCUUUUCUCAUUCUUCACCCUAUAAAAGUAUACUAUACCCAGUAUUACUACACCCAGGGGCAAUACAAAAGUGCCCCCCGCUUUGCAUUGAUUCUUGGUUUGGAUUUUAUUAUCUAUUGAGGAACUAAGUUACUGUAGGCUCAUAGUUAAUGUUAGUGAGGCGUUCGGGAACCAACCUCGUGACGUCACUUUCAGCGCAGGGACAAGAUGGCGCUGCACUUACUUAAGAAAAUAACAUUGAGAUUGCUCAUUAUUUUAAUUCAGUUUCACUGACAACUGUUAAACUUAUAAAAUUUGUUAGAGAAUGAAAAUACAUCUUGUGAAUUAUACUAAAUACUUGAAGUGUUUCAUGUCCCCUUUAAAGAAGUGUGAAUUGAAGGCUGCAAGUCCAUUCAUCAUUUUAGUGUUUCUGUUUCGUUUUAUCAUUUUGAAUAAAUUUGAGAUAAAAAAGUUG